AUGAGGGCGAGAUUCAUUCUAGCAAAGAUUGCCAAGAAUGCACAAGCCGGUAAAGCGCACGAGCGAGACAUCGAGAACCUUGCUAAGUGUGAAGCCGCGAUCAAAGAGUAUAAAUCCGCGACCGCAGCGAGGCUUAAUCAGCCACAACAACAACCACAUCAACAGCCUAAAUCGGCACGGAGCUCACAGGAUGUGAGUGGACGCGAAGCCAAAAAGAGCAAAUACUCCUCAGCCCAGGGGGUUGAGGGCCCUUCAACCAGUGCGGCUGCAGCGGUUGCGAGGGCAGCUUACGGUGAGGUGGCCAGAGAUCAUCUUCAAGUUGCCCUUGUGGACGCAAAAACCAAAAGUGGAAGGGUGGUGUUGUCCCUUUCUGAUGCUAUUGAGGGACGGUUAUCGAGUAUGGUCGUCAGACCACUCAUAGAUAACAAAGGACCAGCACCUCUCUUCGACUCGGGAGAAAUCUGUCGAGGUUGUCGGGUAGUAAAAUGUGCCAACAAGUUUUCAAAGGAUUUUCUGGAGAGGAGCCUUGCUACCGUUAGCAACACCUGGGAAGGGCUUUCGCUAAAGCUCAUCCCUGCCUCAGAAAUUCCAAGGCGACCACGAACCCAAAUUUGGUUGCCAAAAAUGAAGCUGGACAGUUGGAAAAUUGUCCAGUGUCUCAAGAUGCAAAAUCCAGAGGUACCGAAGGAUGACUGGUCUGUCAUCAAGGUGGAAGAGCCUCAGCAACACAGAUCCGCCGUAUUACUGCUGAUAAGCAACGAGUUCCUGGAGGCACUCGGAAAACAGCAGUUUAAACUUCGCUUUGCCCUCAGGUCAGCCAAAGUGAACGUCUUCCCCGCCUCUGUUGCCCUGGAUGACGAAUUGGAGAAAUUGGGGGACGACACAAAGAAACUGCUCGACGAUCUGCGGUUGUGUGGGACGGACGCAGAUUCUGAUGAGAAGGAGCAGUCGUAA